UGAAAUGAAACCAAAGCCAAACUAAAAUCGACAAUAAUAAUGUAUUGCACCAAAGAUUGCACUUGCAGCCUGUGUCGCGAGUUGCGGGGAUAUAAGCAACAUCCUCUGAAAAAGGCUCCACCAGCCCCAGUGCCCCCCGCGAGCUCACUACUGAGCAGAAUGCUAAACGAUAAUUUUAUCCUGCGUCGGCGUGGCAUAUCCCUUAAGAACUUUCAGCCACAAUCGCUGAGGAACAGCGAGAUGUGCCAGCAGCAAAUGCAGAAGCAGCAACUACCCGUGCCACGCCCCCCCCAAACACCCUCGCCCACGCCCAUCGAGGAGCUUCCCGAAUGGGCUGUGGGGGAGGAGGACAAGAAGCCGAACCACAAGGUGGUCAUCUACUUUGGCGACUCCAUCCAUCGGGGCCAGCAGUCACCGCUGCCGUCGCCCAAAGAUCACCUCCACUCGCAGCUGUUGCAAGAGAUGUCCCAGAAACUAAAGGCCAGCGAAGGGGAGAGGGCGGUGGCCAAGGCGGACGCGAAGGCGGAGGCGGAAUCCACUAACCCAACGCCAGCGGUGGAGCUGCGGACGGAUGACGAACUGCCGCCCUACAUUGAGAGCGUGCAGAAUGGCGUAAUUAAUAUCAGAAUUGAAGGCAAUUACCGGCGAGCCAGUGCGCUGGUGGAAACGGUGGCAAAACCCACUCUGGCCGUUGUGGGUCCAACGAAAUCCGAUGCAGCCGUACCUGAUAAUGGCAAUGGUGAUGGCGAUGAUGAUGAUGAUGACGAUGAUGGCAACAGCGACGGCCCCGGGCAAGAUGAGGCGGAGACGGAUUCGUGCGACUGGAGCUACGUCCAGGAAUGGCGGAGGGCGGCGAAACGACCAACUGGCAACUUGCCGCCCAAUUUCGGCCAGCACCCGGCUCCAAGCCAAAUAACUGGCCUGCCCCCAGUGCCACCGCCACAGUUGCAGUCCCCACUGCAGCUGCAGCAACAGCAGUCCCUCUCGAAGACGCCUCUGUCGCCUCAGCAUGGAGGCCCUCAGGGUGGCUUGGCCGUGGCUAUGGCCACUCCGGCCCCGCGAGUCUUCAAGGAACUGGCCCAUCAGCCGAAUAAGGGACUACCCCACAAGGUGGUGAACUCUUCCUCGAACACGGGGCUGGUGACGUCGCCCGUGGCCGCCUCGAAGGCCUUGAUUCCGCAGCGGGCAGUGGCCGGUCCGACGCGGCUAACCGUUCAGAGCACUCCGGUAAAAUCGCAGCCACCACAGAUUAGUGGGAGUCUCAGCCAGACUCAAGUGUCGCCCAGCAGACCCACUUUGGGUAUACCUACGACAAACACACCAAGUGGGAAUCCAUCGCCACCCCGAACUCAUCAGCACGAUCAGUUUCGGGCGCUACAGCGGGUCCAGGAGUGUCACAGUUCAUCGGAUGAAAACCGUAGCUCUGGGCAUGCCAGCAUGUCGGAUACUGGGGGACACAGCUCCUCGCCGGCGGGUGGCAUGACCCUGGGUCCCCUACCCGAAGAUCGACUGGCGGCGGGGGUAACCAACCGAAGCACCAGAUCCCGGCGACAUCGCAAUAUCAUGCCUGCCGGAAAGGCACCUUGGAGCGGAACUGGACUAGAGGACAUCAAGCUGGCCAUGCUCACCCUGCGAUCCCAGACGAGUAGCAGCACCUACAGUAGCCUGAGUGCUGGGUCGGAAAGCUCAGAGCCAGCGCGCCGUCUGGGCAGAUACUCCUCCCUGGAGACGGUGGUUACGAGUACCAGUGCGGACGAGUUUGUGUGGGUAGACUCGCACAACCGACUAGUGGAACUGCAGCACCCGCCGUGGAGUCAGCAGUGCAUUCUGCGGGUCUUGAGGAACGGACGCUGUCAACAACAGGCGGAGCACUUGGCCGUGGAGGCGGUCUCCCGCCUGGGUUACCUGCUGCAACGAGCUCUGGUGAGGAUUGCCCGCGAAAUCCAGCGGUUCUCUUCGGGAGUCGGCCUCUGCUCUAAGCAGGAGGUGGCGGGAGCAUUGAAAGUGGUGCUAAGCUCUUCUUUAGCGGACUCCUGCACGAAAGCGUGUCUCCGGGCAGCGGCCAUGUUUGCUGUGCCCGGCGAGAGUGCCCUGAAACAGAGCAAGUCCGCUCGAGCGGGUCUACAGCUCUCGGUGGGUAGAUUUUAUCGAUGGAUGACCGACGCCAGGCUGGGAAAAUUCAUCCAUGAGUAUGCAGCGGUGUAUCUCUGUGCGGGAAUCGAGAAUCUUCUCGAGGAGAUUGCUUUGCAGUGCAAUGGGAGUACGGCAGCUGCCUUGGACCAGAGUAUCUCUAACUCCGGAGAUGUCUGGGGUCUCCUGCAGCCAUUUGCGCAUCUGAAUGCCGGCCGAGUGGCCAGCGGUGCUCUGGCACUGCCCAGGUGGGCUAGUGCCGCCUCCCUGGCCACCUGUGUGGGCAGCAUUCGGGAGCUGAAGGAAAAGGCAAUGCGCACCCAGCAGGAGUUCCACCUGGCCGCUGCUCUUUCCGGCUCUGCUCUGGCAGCCCUAUUCUACUUUAUGCGCUGCUCCCAGCUAGAGCACACGGAAUUGCUGGCCGCCUCCGGCUGUGGCUCUGGACAGGCUGCCCCCACUGCUCCACAGACUGCCGGAGCAGGAGCGGCAGCCGGACACCACGUACAGGAGUUGUGCUAUGAGCGGGCCUAUGUAGUCCUUCCACCUCUGGCGGAAUGGCUGCGAGUGGCAGCCGCUCAUGCGGAACACAGGAGCGCUUUGAUGAUUGACAAGGAUGACGUGAUGCAGGCGGCCAGGUUGCUCCUUCCCGGCGUAGAUUGCCCCAUCCGACCAGUGGCUCACGACGAGGAGCUACCCACAAAAAAGAUGCACUUCAAUCCACCAACUGUCAACUCCACAGGCACGGGAACAGGCAGUAGCUCCAGUUCGCCGGUUGUCAGUGGCAUUGGAAUCGGCGAGGACACCUCGGAGCUGGGCAGACGAGCCACCAUAGGAGUGGCCUUUAAGCUUCUACUGACUGGUCGCGCGGAAUUGUUGGCACAGGCAGCCCAACUGCUGCCCCCAACCACCCGCUACGACACCCAGAAUAGCGCCGGACUGACCGCCCUAAUGAUUGCCAGCAUCCGGAACGACGAGGUGGCUCUCCACGCACUCCUCGACGCCGGCUGCGAUCCGAAUAUAGAGGUGCCGCCGACAGGUAGCCCCGGAUAUCCGGCCAUUCAGUCGGACACACAGCACUGGACGGCCCUUAGCUUUGCCGCCAGUAGGGCCAACUACGUGGCCUUGAGAAUUCUGCUGGAGAGGGGCGGGAAAGUGGAGGGCGGUGCCAGGAGUAGUGAGGAGAAAUGCACCCUAACGCCGCUACAACUCGCUGCUGGAACAGGGAAUCUGGAGAUUGUCGCCCUUCUAUUGGCCCAUGGAGCAAAUGCCUUCCUAUCUACGCAGCAAAAGGAUUCUAUGUGCUUUGCAGGAUCCGCUCAGAAGGGCUGCUUCUGCGCCAUAUCCGUAGCGGCAGCUCACGGUCAUCGUUCGUGCCUGAGAAAGCUCCUAACUCAUCCAGUCUCUCCCGGGACAAGAGAUGUCCUAUCGCUGGAGGAGAUGCUGGCCGAGGGCGAUGUGGGAGGAGUGAGAGGAGGCGCCGGAGGAGUUGGAGCCGGAUCCAGUGGAGCUAGUGCCAAUGGCAAUAGCGACGAUUUGCUUCCGCUAUUGAACAAAACGCAGAUCAAGCGACUCCAGGAAGCCAUGUACCACAGUGCCGAAAAUAAUCACUUGGAUAUAACUAUUGAGCUUAGGAAGUUGGGUGUUCCCUGGACUCUGCACUGCUGGAUGCACGCCCUCUCGGCAGCCCACGAUCUGCGAUUGGAUGCAGUGAUCGACCAGUUGCUCCAGGACUUCCUGCAAGUGUGUCCCGACGACUAUAGCGCCCAGUUUGUUAGCGAAUGCCUGCCGCUACUCUUCAAUAUAUUCCGAAACAAGAACGAGGGCACCACCCUCCUGCUGGCCGACAUCUUUGCCACCUGCUUUGGAUGGGAGACCCUUCCUCCUGUCAAGGAACAGCCGCCCAUGCAACCCGUCCAGGGUUCUCGGAUUGAUCCGAAGUUUGUCAACAAUCCGGAACUAAGCGAUGUUACCUUUAGGGUGGAGGGUAAAAUCUUUUAUGGACACAAGAUUGUUUUGGUCACCGCGUCGCCCCGUUUCCAGAGUAUGCUCAGCUCCAAGUUGAGCGAUGCCAACUCUACGCCCACGGUGCAGAUCAACGACAUCCGUUACCACAUCUUCCAACUGGUGAUGCAGUUCCUCUACAGUGGCGGCUGCAACUCCCUGGACGUGGCCCAUGGGGAUGUCCUGGAGUUAAUGGCAGCAGCUAGCUUUUUCCAACUGGAGGGACUACUGCGCUACACGGAGGCCCGCUGCUCGGAAAUGGUGGAUGUGGACAAUGUGGUGGCCAUGUACAUACAUGCCAAGGUCUACAAUGCCAACCGCCUGCUGGAGUACUGCCAGUGCUUCCUGCUCCAGAACAUGGUGGCCUUGCUCACCUACGAUGAUUCUGUCAAGCGACUGCUCUUCGCCAAGAAGAUACCCAACCACGAUGUGCUCGCCGGUCUGCUACAGACGCUGCAGAACCGCCUCAAGACCCGGAAACCCAAUUCCGGCGGCGGUCUGGUCAACUCCUAUCGAUCGCCCUCGGCCACGCCCGUCAAGAAAUGAAGGAGUCUGACACCCAAUUUCUUAUUUAUUGCAUUGUUUUUAAUUUAAUCUUUGAGCUUUUUUGUAUUAUAAUAAUAUUCCCAGCCCCGAUCUUGAUCCUGAUCCCGGUCCAGAUCCCGCUUCUUUAUGCUUAGUUGUAUUUUUUUUAAUAUAUUUUCAAGUUGUUCAGCGCACUGUUAACUUAUACGAACCCCAGGUCUGUUGAGUAAAUAGACCUCUUAGCUAUUAUUUUGUAGUUGAAAUUGUUUC